CUCGAAGGAGUCAAGCGGUGGCACUGUUUGGCAAAGCACUGACUCCACACACACCACGUGAAGCGAAUGGGGGCCCGCUUUAAAACCUGACAUUUAACACUGCUCACUGCUCAUUGCCGCUUAAACUUCCAGCGGGAGCCAAAGUCUUCUUGCAAGACUCUGUAGAACAGACAGCGGGGCAGCUUCUUUAUUGCUCCCUACCCCUCGCGGUUGAACUGGCGGCCGCUAAGGAAAUCCACUCCAGGAGUGCCACAUCGCUGUGACUUUUGAUUUUUCCACCCACCCUUGCUACUGACCGCUCUGUCACUUGGACUGUGUGUGUGUGUGUGUGUCUGACUGUAUGCGCGUAGCACCGCCGUUUUUGCCACCCCUUUUGCAGAUAGAUACGGGGCAGGGAUGAUGAGCAAGCAAGUGGUCCCCGACCACAAGCUGGCAUCGGUCGCUCCAAUGAUAAACUGCAACGACGUGGAGAGGAAGGACGUGGAGCUGGUGCUGGUGAAGAAACGCAACGGGCUCCAGUGUGCGAACAGCACUAUCGUUAACAGCCCGGCCGGCGGCGAGCCGGAGCGCAGGGAGACGUGGGGGAAGAAAGUCGACUUCUUGCUGUCUGUGGUCGGAUUUGCAGUGGACUUGGCCAAUGUGUGGAGAUUCCCUUUUCUCUGCUACAAGAACGGGGGCGGUGCAUUCCUCAUCCCAUACCUGCUGUUUCUACUGAUCGCCGGGAUGCCCCUGUUUUACAUGGAGCUGGCUUUGGGACAGUUUAACCGCGAAGGAGCAGCCACCGUCUGGAAAAUCUGCCCUAUAUUCAAAGGUGUGGGCUAUGCCGUGAUACUGAUAGCCCUUUACGUCGGCUUUUACUAUAACGUCAUCAUAGCUUGGUCUCUGUUCUAUCUCUUCUCAUCGUUUACCUCUGAUCUACCAUGGGCACACUGCAAUAACUAUUGGAAUAGUAAGAACUGCACGGACCCGAAGCUAUUUAACACCUCCUUGCUGGGAAACGGAACCAAAUAUUCCAAGUAUAAAAUCACGCCAGCGGCAGAGUAUUACGAGCGGGGAGUUCUGAAUCUCCACGAAAGCGCAGGAAUCCAUAACUUGGGCCUACCAAGAUGGCAGCUUAUCCUCUGCUUGCUUGUCGUCAUCAUCAUUCUGUACUUCAGCCUCUGGAAAGGGGUAAAGACUUCAGGAAAGGUGGUGUGGAUCACCGCGACCAUGCCCUACAUGGUGUUGUUCGUCCUAUUGAUCCGGGGAAUCACACUACCAGGGGCAAUGAAUGGCAUCAAGGCCUACCUCAGCAUCGACUUCGAACGCCUGAAGGAAGCUCAGGUCUGGAUCGAUGCAGCAACUCAGAUCUUCUACUCCCUUGGAGCUGGCUUUGGUGUUAUCAUUGCAUUUGCCAGUUAUAACAAAUUUGAUAACAACUGCUAUCGAGACGCAAUUUUCACCAGCUCCAUCAACUGCGUGACAAGUUUCUUCUCAGGAUUUGCUAUCUUUUCUGUGCUGGGCUACAUGGCAUUCAAGCACGGGGUUGAUAUUUCCGAGGUAGCCACAGAUGGUCCAGGCUUGGUGUUUGUCAUCUAUCCCGAGGCAAUCUCCACGCUCCCAGGUUCCACAUUUUGGGCGAUUAUGUUCUUCAUAAUGCUGCUGACAUUGGGGAUAGACAGUGCAAUGGGUGGCAUGGAGGCGGUGGUCACUGGAAUCACAGAUGACUUCAAGAUUUUGAAGAAGCAUCGGAAGCUUUUCACGCUGGUCACUGCAGGCGGAACCUUCCUGGUCGCGCUGCUUUGCAUCACCAACGGGGGGAUUUACGUGUUCACGUUACUCGAUCAAUUUGCAGCAGGAACAGCUAUCCUUUUUGGGGUAUUAAUAGAAGCUAUUGGUGUGUCGUGGUUUUAUGGAGUUGACAGAUUCAGCGAAGACAUCAAACAAAUGACAGGCUUCAAGCCAGGACUCUACUGGAGGCUCUGCUGGAAGUUUGUUAGUCCAGCCUUUUUAUUGUUUGUAAUAAUCGUCAGUAUUGUGAAGUUCAAACCUCUAACCUAUGAUGAAUAUGUAUUCCCAAAUUGGGCAAACCUCGUUGGCUGGGGAAUCGCAGUGUCUUCUAUGUCCCUGGUGCCAAUCUAUGCCAUCUACAAACUCCUCACCGUACGUGGGACUUUAAAAGAGAGAAUAGCUUACUGCAUUACUCCUGAGAAUGAACAUUAUCUUGUGGAGCAAGGAAAAGUGCAACAGUUUAAGCUGGAACAUUGGCUUGCGAUAUGAAGGCUUCCAAAGCAGCUCCAACACACUAUGAGAUGCAAUGAAAAGAAUAAAUUCCUGGUUUUUGAAAGAUUUUUCAAUUCAAUUAGCCUUUCAAAGAUAUCGGAUUCAUUACGCGUCAAGUUUGGUGCCAUGCCCUGCCUGAUUUAAUGUGGAUGGCUGGGCAGAGGAGAGUUAUUUAUUUUGUGACGUUUUUCAUGCAUGGAGUGUGACAGACUGCAGUUGUCUAUAUAACGUUAAUUAUACAACACGGAAUAUUAUUUCUUCCUUCAUUAAUGCCGCAUGAAUGCAUUAAAGAAAAAAAUCCAUGGGCAUUUGAGAGCAUCCAGCAGCAUUUUUUAAAAACUGUGUUCUUGCCAGCAAAAAUGUAGGCAGGCAAUUUGUAGACCACUGUUUUCCUUUAAAAAGUAUAUUCCAUCAUUGCAAACUGACAUGAAUAUUGGUUCCUCCAUGACAUAACCACGAGGAUCUCUGUUCAAAGCAGCUUAACUGAAUGUCAUCAGUCAUGUUUCUAACAAUAAACUAAUUUACAGUUUGUUCUGUAUUUGUACACAUGUUAAAUGUAAACCUCCCGGAAGAUCGUCUGCUUGUGAUAGAUUCUAGCCUUAAAUUACCGAAACUACUGCCAAUGUCUCUCAACGCUUUCACUCUGACCAAAUAUCUUGAGUUUAAUCUCCCUCGUUCAUGACCCUUCACAGGAGAGAGUUUGUUUGGCAAAUUUCAUUGUGAGAACGCUAACUCAUGUGUUCGACAUUGCUGUGAUCACAGGAUUUAAGUAAAUGCUGACUGUGCGGAUGCCUCCACAAUGAUGGUUUUCUAAGGUUUGUUUUGUUUAGUUAUAGAGAUUCAGCAUGGAAACAGGCCCUGCGGCCUUCCCGAGACCAUGCCAACCACCAAAAUACUCGUUCCACAUGACCCCACUUUCUCAUCCACUCCCCACACACUAGGGACCAUUUACAGAGGGCCGGUUAACCCACAAAGCCGCACGUCUUUGGAGAUAUGAGGGGAAACCGGGGCACCCGGAGGAACCACAGGGAGAACGUGCCAACUCCACACAGACAGCACCAGAGGUCAGGAUCGAACCUGGGCCUCUGGCACUGUGAGGCAGCAGCUCUACCAGCUGCUCCAUUGUGCUGCCCUGUAUGUGGUCCGCAUAUGUUAUGUAUUCAUCAAUAAGUUUUCUAAAGAAGAAAUUUCACCUUCUUAUUUCUAAGCAAAGAUGGAAAUCUUGUAAAUCCACCUGUGCAGCCAUUUUAAAGACUUCCGCUUUCAAACCUCUCAUUUAUCCCAAUUUAACAUGCUGUUUUCUAUACACAAACAUGUACUGCGAUUGUCACAUGGUUAGCUGCUAGUCUUUGUCUUUAGUGAAUUCUGCCUAUUACAUUCCACAAUUGCAAAAGCAUAUCGACAAAAUUAGGAGAAGUGAUUUUUUCGCCAUUAAUUCGUCAGGUUUAGUAAAAAAAAAAACCAAGACCAUGUGCUGUUGGUACAGGAGCAUUAAACAUGAAAUGAUUUAAUACAUGAUUCCUCUGACCAACACUGCAAAGAAAUACACACUUCUCUCUGUAUAAUCUCGCUACAUUGAUCACACUGUAUUGAGUUAAAGGCAUGAAAAUCAUUCAGUUAAAGGUGCUCAGUCAGUGAUGUACUGUUUCUCAGUCACAAUUUGUGCCUAAACUAAAAAACAACACUAGUGAUAAUCAUUUGUCUUUCCCCAAACAAUCCAUGAAUAACCAAAUCUUUUGCCGUUUAUAUUCCAGGCAGAACGCUCUCGAAGGGCCGAAUGGCCUCAUUCAGCUCCUAGAAACAUAGACAUAGAAAACAGGUGUGGGAGUAGGCCAUUCGGCCCUUCUAGCCAGCACCGCCACCAUUCAUUAUGAUUAUGACUGAUCAUCCAAAACCAGUACCCCAUUCCUACUUUUUCCCCCAUAUCCCUUGAUUCCAUUAGCCCUAAGAGCUCUAUCUAACUCUCUCUUGAAAACAGCAAGUGAAUUGGCCUCAACUGCCUUCUGUGGCAGAGAAUUCCACAGAUUCACAAUUCCUGUGUCUCAUGAUCUAAUUUACUUAUUUAUAUUCCAAUUUCAAGCUGAAGAGUUUAUGUAAUUAGACAGCUUGCCAAAUGUGUCAGGUCUUGACCCUGGUUUGUGGUAGGGUUUUUUUUUGUUUGUUAUUUUUUUAAAUUUCAAACUCAAAACUCACUAAAGUGCAAUGCAAAGUGAUUUCCCACCUGCCGUGGUUCUGACUUGUUUUAAUUGUAAAACAUCCAGUGAAAAACUGUGGCAGUGGAAGGUGGACAUCAAGUGAGACAACAGCCAGUUAGAUCAGGAACAAUAUUCUAGCCCUGUAGAGAGAAUUUAUGUUACUGAUCUUCAUCUCCACCUUGAUUGCCUACCUUUGGGUUUGUCGUCUAGUUCAUGCAGCUUUGUAGGUAAGGAGGGGACGGUCUACAAUGAUCAGGAAGGCAGAUGUCCGGAAACAUCAGACCCAUCUGCUUGCUGAACCCCGGCUACACGUGACAACAAACUAAACUGAGCCGAGCAUUAAACAGACAAGAGGAAAGACUUACUGAAGAGAGUGCAGUUAAUCCCGAUGGUGAUAGAGAGAAAAAGCAGCUUACAUGUAAAAAGUGCUGGAGAAACUCAGCGGGCCAGGCAGCAUCUCUGGAGAAAAUGGAUGGGUAACGUUUUGGGCUGGAACACUUUUUGAAACUGAAAGUUAACGAAGGGGGGAGAGGGGGAAUUGGAGGUAGGAAAAGCCCAGAUAAAUCAGUGCCAGCAAUAGAUGACCAAUGAAGGGUGGAGCCCAUCAUAGCCCAUUGGCACAACCCUUUGAUAUCACCUCUUCCCCAGCCUACAAUGGGCCAUUAUGGCCUCCACACUUCCUAUUGAUGCCCCUGAUUUGUUCUGGCCUUUUCCUACCUCCAGUUCCCCCACCCCACCCCACCCCUUUUACUUUCAAUCUGAAGUAGGGUUCUCACCCAAAAUGUAACCCAUCCUUUAUCUCCAAAGACCUGACCCACUGAGUUGCUCCAGCACUUUUGUGUCUACCUUCGGUUUAAACCAGCAUCUGCAGUUCCUUCCUACAGCUUAAAUGUACAUAUUAUCCUUCAUAUCACUUUCAACUUGGCCCAAAGCACUUCUGAAAUAUUGUCAUAGUUAGAACACAUGAAAGGCAGCAGUAUUUACACAUGGCAGCUCCUAGUUCUAACAAUAUAAAAAUGCCUCAACCAUUCUGUUGUUGAUUGAAAAAUAAAUAUUGGCCCAGAAAUUAGUAGCUACUUCUACAAGUGGUCUUUGAAAAAGUGUCUUAUUUGUCCAUAGUUGGAGGUCAGGUGAGACCUAGCCUUAACGUCUUUGCUGAAAGACAAAGUUGAUCGCCCACAGUACUGCACGGAAAUGCCAUUCAAUGUUUCUGUAUUUCUGGAGAGUGUCUGGAACCUGAUUGAGGUGAGAGUGCUGCCAAAUCAGUCAGACUUUACACUAUUGUGAAAUGAAUAUUUGAUAAGUGAAUUCCUGCCUCCUGCAGACUUGUCAUUUGUCCAUGUUAUAUAUAUGGACAAAUGACAAGUCUGAUAUAUAUAUUUGUUAAGCAGUUCAGGUGAAGUUUUCUCCUGAAAUUUGAUUGAAACCCUAAUGUAAAUCUUGUACCAGAAUUUCCAUGUAAGCAACCUAGAGUAAAGGGUCAGUGUUUGCAUUCGUGAGAGAUUACUAUGUGGAAAUUGCCUGCUGUGUAACUCUGACAAACAUAGAAACAUAGAAAAUAGGUGCAGAAUUAAGUCAUUCGGCCCUUCGUCCCAGCACUGAGCCUUGCGGCACCCCACGAGUCACUGCUAAAUACUUCAGUAUAAAUGAACUUGCAAAGGGAUUGGAGUGUCCUGUUAAGGGUUUAAUUUAGUUUAGUUUAGGUUAGAGGUACAACUUGGAGACAGGCCCUUCAGCACACCGAGUCCUCGCUGACCAGCGAUCAUCCGUAAACCAGUUCUAUCCUACACACACUAGGGACGAUUUACAGAAGCCAAUUAACGUCCAAACCAGCACGUCUUUGGAAUGUGGGAGGAAACCGGAGCACUGAAAAAAAACCCCACGUGGUCACAUGGAGAACAUACAAAACCCGUACAGACAGCACUCAUAGUCAGGAUGAAACCCGGUCCGUGGCGCUUUAAGGCAGCAACUCUACCACUGCGCCACUGUGCUGUUAUUUUGACAUUAAAUGUAAUCAAGUCUGACAGUGUUCUUUGUUACAAUGCUCAUAUAUCCUGACUUUCAGAAUGAUGAGUUAGUUGUGACAUUGUGUGCAUUAUAGAGAAUCAUAGAAUCAUAGAGUGAUACAGAGUAGAAACAGGCCCUUCGGUCCAACUUGCCCACAUCAUCCAACAUGUCCCAGCUACACUAGUCCCACCUGCCUGCGCUUGGUCCAUACCCCUCCAAACCUGUCCUAUCCAUGUACCUGUCUAACUGUUUCUUAAACGAUGGGAUAGUCCCAGCCUCAACUACCUCCUCUGGCAGCUCGUUCCUUACAGCCACCACACUUUGUGUGAAAAAGUUACCCCUCAGAUUCCAAUUAAAUCUUUUCCCCUUCACCUUAAAACUAUGUCCUCUGGUCCUCGACUCACCUACUCUAGGCAAGAGACUCCGUGAAUCUACCCAAUCUGUUCCUCUCAUUAGAAAACAGUGUUUUGAAUUAAUCUUGGAAAGGACAACAGGGGCAGAACUGAAGGUGGACACUUGGUUACGACCAAGUUCAUCUACAUACUCAGUUAUCUUAAAUAGGUUCUUAGCUUUCUUCCUGCCCACCUAAGAUACUUUGACAGGUAUUGUUGUCCAAGAAUGUCUAAUCCAUAUUUGCGGAGUGAUGACUUUAAAAGCACUUUGAUUAUUGGUGACUUUACACAUUUAAACAAUGAAAAUGUUCAUUGUGUAUUUAAAGUCUUUAGGCCUUCAGAUAUUCUUAAUUUUGUUUCAUAAUAGAGCUUUUCCUUAUGAAAACCAUCGCAAAUAAAUUCCUAUCCACAAAAUACUUUCCAAAGCAAACUGAUGACCAAAAAGCUAGUUUUAUGUUUUCUCAAUUAAUGUAUAUUUAAAAAAAAUAAAAUCUUAGUUUUUUUUUAGGUUAAGUGAUUGUUAUCAUUGAAUUAAUUUCCUUAAAACAUCAUGUAUAUAAUUGUUUCUAAAUUGUAAUCAGCUGUAAGAUGUCUUGAAAUAUUAAAAUAUGUUAAUCUGCCUGUAUUAAAGAUUCACAAUAUUCAACUAAAGCUCUUUUCUAAAAAAGAUGAUUGUCGGCCUGUCUUAGAACUGCAGAUGCUGGUUUACACAAAAGGAUACAAAGUGCUGGAGUAACUCAGUGAGUCUGCUAGUGUUACAUGUUUUCAUAUGUUAAAUAAUCAAAUGCAUUUAUCAAAAAAGUGUUUAUAAAAUGUGCUUGUAAAAUCAAUAUUUUAAUGUACUGUUAAUGUUAAAUUUGUUUUUGUGCUUUGUGUAAAUAUGACCGUUUAGAGCUGUAUAUUAUACAGAAUUAUAGAAUAUUAAGAUAUUGUGUAAAUUACAAAUUACUGUUUAAAGUGGUUGGUUUUCUCUAUAAUGUCGUAAGAAAAUGCAAACUGUAAUAAAGUAUAUACUCUUA